CCUUCUGCUCAGUGCAAAAGCCAGCACCAUGGUCCUGAUCCUGGGUUACUGGGACAUUCGUGGGCUGGCUCACGCCAUCCGCCUGCUCCUGGAGUACACGGACUCACACUAUGAGGAAAAGAAGUACACGAUGGGGGACGCUCCCGACUAUGACAGAAGCCAGUGGCUGAAUGAAAAAUUCAAGCUGGGCCUGGACUUCCCCAAUCUGCCCUAUUUAAUUGAUGGGGCUCACAAGGUCACCCAGAGCAACGCCAUCCUUCGCUACAUUGCUCGCAAACACAACCUAUGUGGGGAGACAGAAGAGGAGAAGAUUCGCGUGGACAUUUUGGAGAAUGAGGUUAUGGACACCCGCCUGUACUUUGCCAGAAUGUGCUACAACCCUGACUUUGAGAAACUGAGGCCCGGGUACCUGGAGGGACUCCCUGACAAGCUGAAGCUCUACUCACAGUUUCUGGGGAAGAGGCCUUGGUUUGCAGGGGAGAAGCUCACGUACGUGGAUUUCCUGGCCUAUGACCUCCUAGACCUACUAUAUAUAUUCGAGCCCAAGUGCCUGGAGGCCUUCCCAAACCUGAAGGAGUUCAUGGCCCGCUUUGAGGGCCUGAAGAAGAUCUCUGCCUACAUGAAGUCCGGCCGCUUCCUCCCACACCCGGUGUAUUCAAAGAUGGCUGUAUGGGGCAACAAGUAGGCCUGCGUGAGGGGAAAUGUGGGCAAGGAGCCAGUGCUGUGUUUUGUGCAGGAGUCCUGGGAGCAGCUGCACCUCCCUGUUCCCUGAAACCAGCUGUCUUUCUCCUCCUUUUCUUUCUGGUAACUCCCACCCAGCCUCAUUGGGCCCCUUGACCUUGUCCAGUGACAUUGAUCCAGGACCGUUACAGGUGUCCAACGCCCGACUUUUCUUCGCCGAAGUGCCCCCCCCCACCCCUGGCAUUAUCCUUCCUGCGCUCAAGCCAACCAGACCUUUCUUCUCUGACUGGCAGUUGGACUUUGUGGAGCCUGACUGUCUCCCUGGCCCUUGGGCUCUGCCUGAGUUCCUCCCAGCGCUGCGUGAGGACAAGAGUGCAGGCCUGGCUCCCCCAGCGGGGUCCCUCCCCAGCCAUGCCUGACCCCCAGUAAAGCCUUCAUCCUUACCGCUGUGUCCUGUCUUCUUCCCUCGCGGGCACCUGUCUCUCUGCCGGCCCUGUGGCCCCAGGGCUGACUGGGGACCCUCGGGGGCUGAUCCGUGGGGGCCUAUGUGGGAGGUGGGUGUUUGCAGACUUUUUCUUCCUCUUUCUGACAGCUUCAGAGCAGGGAGCCUGUGGCCUGUUCUGAAUUUUUGUAUUUCUUAACACUGUCGGAUGCUCUGGAAGGUACCGCAUUCCUCUAGUUUGUUGUCAUUACUGGGGCAGGUCCCCCAGCAGACACUAGCCGGCAACAGGCAAGGGCAGUGUUAUGCUUCCGUCAGAGAUUCUUCUGUUGUUCCACAGGGAGAGUGUCUGAUUGUGCGGCCCCAUUGGGAGGCGAGUGGGUCUGUGUCCAAAACCGCGGGCGCCCGGGCUCCACGAGGUUAUCUUAGCCGAGUGUCCCAUGAUCCUGGUAAUCCCUUGAGGUCUUCCAGCUUUAUGUUUUGCUAAUCGCUUAUUGGCUCUGCAUGUUUCUGCCUGAUGGGCCCCUGUCCGUGGGUCUCCCUGUGGAGAGCUCUCUGUGACCAUCUGGACCCACGACUGAUUCCAUUCCUGGGUCACGGUGAACGUUGAGGGGGUGGCCGUCAGGACCGUUUUUAACGCACAGAAUUACUUAAUGGUGGUUCUGUUAUAGACUUCUUAUCGUAUAACAAUAAAAUACACAAUGUCCUCACAAUUCUCAGGGAUGGUGCUGGUCACACCAAACAGACGUAGAAAGUAGAAGCAUAGCUGAGUUAGACUGGACAGGCUGACAGAAGAGUUGGAGUGAAGAUACCAUCCUUUCUCAGUGGUAGACUCCUUGACCACUGCCAUCUUCUUAUGGCUUUAAAGGGCCACCAUCUGCCUGCACAUCUUGCCAACCUGAGAUGCGUGAGUGUAUCUGGGAGGCCUGGCAUGGCAGGGAAUCUGGAGCGCUAGGGACUGGCAGGGGUGAAGGGUGGGGACCACAGGAAGCAGGGACUGAACUCUGCUGGGCUCGGGUGACACGCCCUUCCAUGCUCCCCAGCAGGGCACAGAUGGGCAGACCCCUGACUUCUGAGAUUGCCGAGCGAUCGGCUGCAGCCUCCUUCCCCACUGCACACUCCAUUCUGGUGCUCGGAAAUCCUCACGCAGGACUGGGCUCACUCUUUGCUGUCCUAACACAGUGUCAGCUAAUUUGAGGCUUAUUUAUCUGUGUUGUAACUUGUAAGACCGUUUGUUUUUCAAAGUUCCCUUCUUCUGUGUUCACACAUCCACGAAGCCUGGCAAUACCCUUUAUACGAAGGGAAAUGAGCCACAGGCCAAGCUUUGUCCCACUCGCCUAGUUUGAAAUAGUCUCCCGGCUUCAACGUGGAAAGUUGGCAGGUGGGAGGUUGUUGUCGUCACAGAUCACAGAUCACAGGAGAACCGGAGAGGCCACCUGAGCCUCCCUGAGCUACAGAAAAGCCCACGUGGGUGGGAAGCCAGCGUCAGGCUGGAAUGCAUGGACUAGAAGGCUGAGGGUCUGCUGGG